AUGUUAUCAUGUCGUUUGUCCAGUCGAUCAUCACCUCCCCGCGAGGACUUCUUCAAAAAUACUUCUCGUCGAUGGAUAAUGAAUGAGAACGACCGAGGUAAGGAAAGAUACGUCAAAUUCGAUCCAAAUGAACUCCAGCGUGUCGCUGGUCGAGCAAUUGGGGAAGACCAUUGCCCUUUCAUCAUCAAACUUGCAGAAGGGGGCUUUAAUAAAGUUUUUCUCUUAAGAGCGAGUUCUGGUAAAGAAGUUAUUGCCCGAAUUCCUACUCCCAUCGCCGGUCCUUCUCAUUACACCACUGCAAGCGAGGUUGCUACAAUGGACUUUUUACGUGGUAUCAUCGGAAUACCUAUACCAAAAGUCCUAGCGUACUCGACGUCUGCAACCAAUCCAGUUGGAGCAGAAUAUAUACUAAUGGAGCGGAUAGAGGGUGUCAGUCUUGCAUCAAGAUGGCUGUCUCUGACUACAGAAGAAGUAAAGAGCGUCAUGAAACAAAUAGUAGAGAUGGAACAGAGAACAUUCACCUAUUCAUUUCCUGGAUAUGGGAGUUUAUAUCACCAGAAAGAUAUUAAAGGUGAAGAGCAGAUUCCGAUACCAGUCGAAGACUUCUGCAUUGGUCCUGUUGCUGCAAGACAAUUUUGGCAUGGUGAUCGAAAUAAAACCAAAAUAGACCGUGGUCCAUGGCUUUCACCCAAAUAUUGCUUCACAUCUGCAGCUCGCCGGGAGACUACUUGUAUCUUGAAUCAUGCAAAACCCCAGCCUCGAAAAACCUUUCUUCUUCCAACAUUGUAUGAUAUUGAGCCCUCGGAACAUAUCUCACUUCUUUCGAAGUUCUUGCGACUUGCGCCUUUCUUGAUAUCAACAAACCCGGAUCACAAUUCUCCAAUCCUACGACAUCCAGAUCUGAGCCUUGAUAAUAUCCUUUUAGAGCCUGGCUCUACCAUAAUCACCAGUAUCAUAGACUGGCAAGACACUGUUAUCUUUCCACUUUUCAUGCAAGCCGGAUAUCCAGCCUUUUGUGAGCACGAUUUAUCACAACCUCAAAGUUUACAGCCCCCGACUCUUCCGGAUAACUUCAACUAUAUGAAUCAAGCGAAUUCAUACUACACAGCAACCACCGGCAUCUACAACGAUAUUCAUAUGAAUGCCCUAAGAAUCCCUCACCUCGGGAUGCGCCGGUAUCUCUACCAACAAACGGGAUAUCCUUGGGAUGCAGAUAUUAUCAAUCUCCGUGCGGCUCUUAUUGGUAUCACAACUCCACACAUUUGGGAUGCUAUAUCUUCUGUUCCCUGCCCAGUGUCUUUUACAGAUCAGAAGCGAGAAACAGCAAAAGAGGAUUCCGAGGAAUGGAUUGAGUCUGAGAAGCUUUUAUCUGCAUUUAGAGACCAUUUAGGUGUGGACCUCGAAGGUGGCACAGUGCCGAAGAAUUUUGAGUGGGCGUCUCACCGGAACGUCGAGCUCAGGUUGGAAAUGUUACAGCAGGCUGAACACCAUGAGCGUGAUAUCUGCUGGCAGAACUGGCCUUUUAAGGAUGAUGCUGAUUUCUCCUAUUCCCCUUUAUGA